UCUCCUCUCCCCUAUCCCCUUCUCCUUUCUCUCAAAGUUCUCUCCACCUUUAAACUUCUCUCUUUCUUUCUCCCUAGAUUUUGGUGAAUCAGUUUGAGUUUUUUGUAAUCUAGAGCACUGCAAAAAGUGAGAGGAGAGAGAGAGAGAAGAGGAGAGAGAAUCAGAGUGAAAGCCAACCCAGUUUUGGUUUUUCACAAUCUUGUGCCAAUUUGAGGCCUUUUUUGUUUAGAUCACUGUAAAGAGCAAAAUGGGUAUUGCCAAUCAAGAGGCGGUCAAGCAGUUUCAGAAGUUAAUGGAAGAAGUUGACGAGCCACUGAAGAAUACAUUUGAGAAUGUGCACCAGGGGUAUCCAAAUGAGACAUUAAUGCGUUUUCUUAAAGCUCGGGACAUGAAUGUGGGAAAAGCCCAUAAAAUGUUGCUCGACUGUUUACAAUGGAGGAUAGAAAGCGAAAUUGACAAUAUAUUGGCGAAACCAAUCAUCCCAAAUGAUUUGUACAGAGCAGUGCGAGAUUCGCAGCUUGUGGGAUUGUCAGGUUACUCAAAAAAGGGUCUUCCUGUCAUUGCUGUUGGUGUGGGGCAAAGCACAUUUGACAAAGCUUCUGUAAAUUACUAUGUCCAGUCUCACAUCCAAAUGAAUGAGUACAGAGAUCGUGUUGUAUUGCCUUCCGCAACAAAGAAGUAUGGACAGUAUAUUGGAACGUGUGUGAAGGUUUUGGAUAUGACUGGUUUAAGGCUCUCAGCACUUAACCAGAUAAAGCUUUUGACUGUUGUCUCUACAAUUGAUGACUUAAACUAUCCAGAGAAGACGGAUACAUACUAUAUCGUCAAUGUCCCAUACAUAUUUUCCGCCUGUUGGAAGGUUGUAAAGCCUCUUUUGCAAGAAAGAACAAGGAGGAAAAUCCAGGUUCUUCAAGGUUCUGGGAAAGACGAAUUACUGAAAAUCAUGGACUACGCAUCUCUCCCACAUUUUUGUAGAAAGGAGGGAUCUGGGUCCUCUCGGCAUUCUGACAACGGACACACUAACAAUUGUUUCUCCUUUGACCAUCCAUUCCAUCAAGAGCUCUACAAUUUCGUCAAGCAACAAGCGAGCUUGAGGGAGUCCAUUGCACCACUCAAGCAGGGAUCCUUCCAUGUUAAUUUUCCAGAGACGGACCCAGAACGUGCAGACAUUGCAAAGACCAUAGAAUCCGAGUUCCAAAAGUUCGGAAAUCAGAAUCAAAACGGGCUCGCCAAGUCACUAAGUGGCCUAAGAGUCAAUGGUGCUUCAUAAUUUUAUAGCACUUACUUAGCCAACUAGAUCCUACAUGACAAUGUAGCUAAACACUCUUCCUUUGCCAUGAGGCAGGAAUGUUCUAAAGUUAAUUUUAUGUAUCUGUGUAAUGCUUGCAUCGACUCGAUGCAGAUUUUUUAGUACGAACUAAUACUAAUAGGGCUGUAUCGCGGUUUUUGUUAAACUUUGCAAAACCGAUUAAAACCCGAGUUAUACUAAGAUUUUAUGAUGGGUUAUGUACUA